CUUCUCUCCCGCGGCACACAGUGCGCAUGCCCAGGAUCUCGUGAGCGAUAUUGUUGUGCUGUGUUGGAUAGCAACCGUUUCACAGUAUUUCAGUAAACUAGUAACUUAUUGUGUCUUUUAAGAAUAUCAGUUAACAUGGCAGAUCCAAGAAUACGACAGAUUAAAAUCAAGACUGGCGUUGUUAAGCGGCUGGUGAAGGAGAAGGUUAUGUACGUCAAGGAGACCAAGCUGCAGGAGGAGAAGAUUGAACGACUGAAAGCAGAGGCCUGCGACGAAGAGGCCGACUCAGAUGCCAAGUAUGUCAUCAAGAAACAGGUGGAGGUGCUACAGGAGUCCAAGAUGAUGAUUCCAGACUGUCAAAGGCGUCUGACCAUAGCACACGCAGACCUGUCCCAGAUACUAGAAACGGAAGAAGACUUGGCUGAAGCAGAGGAGUACAAAGAGGCCAGGACCGUAUUGGAUUCAGUGAAGCUUGAAGGAUGAUGUUCUCACUCUGUAAUGCACUACUUAAAUGUCCAUUCCAUUCGUCUGGGCUUGUUUGGAAUCAUAGACAAACAGAAUCAUUCAGCACUCUUUUUCUCACUCUUUUUAUAUUUUAUUUCUACAUUUGAGAACAACGUGUCGUCUGAUCUUGACAUCCUUCUCCGGAGUGCACAAUCUCACACAAGCAUCAAAUAAACACUUAUUUCUUUUCCUACCAUGGGGGUUUGCUUGGCUGCAAAUGAAGCCUAAUUGUAUUGUUUAUCUCAUAUUAAAGCUAUAGGACUUAA